UUACACAAGCAAUGGUGAUAGCGAUCAUUAUAGCCAAGAGUCCUGUUUAGCAUUUAAUCUGCUUAAUCAUGUGGUUACAGCCUUAACAUUUAAGAGUUAAGUGGAAAGAACUGAUGAAUGCAGAUCUCUUUUCUAAUACCAACCUCAGUCUCCUUUUUCAAGAUUGUAAUUUACAGUUACCCAACUCUUGGAUACUCUGAGUCACACUGCCACCACACUUCUGCAAUAAUCAGCAGCUCCUCAGUGUUCAUUUCCUUUCCUUCACUGUACAGUCGUGCCUUGGCAAGUCACAGCCACUUCAACUACAAACCUUUAUCGGCUGUAAUAGAAAUGGCCUCUGCUUCCAAAAGGUGAAUUUCCUUACAACCAACAAACACGAACCAGCACAACUUAACAUCAAGGUUUCUGGAAUGGAAGGGAAGAUUAAUAAGAAAGAAACUCACAUUGAAGGAAAAUAUAACAAUACAGAAAACUACUUACAAAAGGGCAAGAACUGCAAAGCAUCUGUGAUCACAAUUAAUGUUGGUGGCUAUCUCUACACAACGCAGAGACAUACAUUAACUAAAUAUGUUGAUUCCUUGCCAGAAGCUUUGAUGAAUGGCAAAAUUCAGAGCAGUGUUGAUGCAGAUGGGAACUGCUUCAUUGACCGUGAUGGCUUGCUGUUCAGGCAUGUCCUUAACUUCCUACGAAAUGGUGAGCUUCUCUUACCGGAAGGAUUUCAAGAGAUUCGACUUUUAGCACAGGAGGCAGAAUUCUAUCAGAUAAAACCUCUAAUAGAUGCUCUGAAGACCAAGUCAGCAAAUGUGCAACAGGCAACAGAGGUUACGUUCCUAGAAAUAAUCGACAGCCAUGAUCGCUCUCAUGGCCUCAAAAUCUACUGCAAUUCUUCAGAUUUUAUUGCAAGGAUCAAGUCCCGCAUUAUUCAAGUGUCAAAAAGCCGUCUAGAUGGAUUUCCUGAAGAAUUUGUUGUCUCAUCACAUGCCAUCCAGUUUAAGUUCUUCAUUAAAUCAGAAAGUGGGGCACGUCUGGUUCUCAAGGAAGACAACACGUUUGUUUGCACGCUGGAGACCCUAAAGUUUGAGGCCAUUAUGAUGGCUUUAAAGAGUGACUUCAAGUUGCUGACCAAUUUGGAUAGCUCUAAGGGGUCUAUUGUUCAGAGCGAUGCACUUCAUUUUCUAAAAUAAAUCCAGUUUCACAAGUAAUCUAUGUAACAAACACUGAAUUAAAAUAACUCUUUAGCAACUGCUAUGCCACUGUAUUUAGAAUGUAAAACUGACUGCCCAGUCAAUAUAUUAUCCUAAUGAUGUAAUAUUUUAGACACCAUUAAACUGUAAAAUAGAA